GCACGUGGCCGGACGGCGGGGCCGGGCCGCCGCCACUUCCGGCUCGGCGGGUCCCGGUGCGGCCGGCGCGGAGCAGCGGCACCGGGCAGCCCUGGCACGGAGCGCCGGCACCGGGCAGCCCUGGCGCUGAGCACCGCCACCGCCGCCGGGGGAGUCCGUCCGUCAGCCCGUCCGUCCGUCCCGGUACCGAGCGCCCACACCGACUGCGCUCCGGUGUCGGCAGUGAGGGCCUGGUGCACCUGCAGAGCAGGAGGAAGAGCCCUUUGUUACCCCGGCCGCCGGACCUGAGAGCAGGAGGAGCUGUGCUCCCACCUUCCGAGCAGGAUGGAUCCAAACUCACAGUCUUCACUUCCCAGCCUGUUUGCUGGGUACGAUGAUGCUGAGAGCGCUGAGGUGUACGAAGAUGAGCUUUACCCCGAGGAGUCAUCCAGUGAGCAGAGUGUUGACAGCGAGGUGGAGUUCCAUCUCUAUAGCCAGAUCCACUACUCCCAGGACCUUGGGGAAGUCAGCGCCCUGGGGGUGGAGAGCGAAGCUGAUGUUGGAGAAGUCACGGGUCCAAGUGCAGGUCUGACUGAGAAACAGGGCGAAGAUGAGAACCUCACUGAGCUCGCUGGUGGGGGCACUCAGCUUCCAGAUGAGCCCGAGGUCAUCGUCCUGUCUGAUUCCCCAGAUGAAGACAGCAUCUACACGAGCAAGGCACAGAGGCCAGGGUGCUCCUCAGCGCCGCGCAGAGCACGCAUCCACCUGCUGUCUUCCACGCCAAACCACACCAAGGCUGCUGCACGUAAUGCCCUGUGUCCCCCUGAGUCUGCUGUGGGCGCUCCAAGGCAGAGAAGCAGCCCCGGUGGGAGGCCUGCCCCAGUCCUUUCUGCAGGCCCCCAAGCCCUCCAUGACGUGUUGGUGGUGGACAACAGCUCGGAGGAGGAGGAGGAGGAGGAGAGCCUGAUCUCUGAUAGCGAGGACAUCGAGAGCUGGAUGCUCCUGGGAGCUGGGGCUGAUGACUCGGAUGGAGACAUCAUGCUGAACCUCGAGGGCUGUGCCACUCCUGUCAGGAAAGGAAAAAAUGAUGUGAACUGGUCCAUCUCUCAUAAAGACUUGGAGGCUCAGAUCUCCAACUAUGCCGGCGUGAGGCACAGCAGCGUGCGGUACUACAGAGCUGACAAAAACGUGACCUGUAGGAACUGCCACAGACCGGGACAUUUGUCCAAGAACUGUCCCACUCCAAAGAAAGUUCCCCCGUGCUGUCUGUGUGCAGGGAGAGACCAUCUGCAGCACAGCUGCCCGGCACGUUUCUGCCUGAACUGCUGCCUGCCCGGGCACUAUUUCAGGGAGUGCCUGGAGAGAGCCUACUGGAACAAGCACUGCAACCGCUGCGACAUGAAGGGCCACUAUGCUGAUGCUUGCCCAGAAAUAUGGAGGCAGUAUCACCUAACAACCAAGCCGGGACCCAUCAAGGCAGGCGGCUCGGCCUCGGAGCGCGCGGCGUCCGUCUACUGCUACAACUGCUCCCGCCAGGGACACCUGGGAUACGAGUGCUCGGAGAAGAGGAUGCAGGGCAACAUGUUCCCCACUUCUCCCUUCGUCUGCUACUACGACGAUGAGUGCGACAUCAGGAGGAGAGCCAGCAGGCUGAAGAGGAAGGUGGCAGACCUGCAGGAAGCUGGCCUCCUGCCAGAGCAGUCUGAAACACCGCCGCAGGAAGAGCAGCUGGAGUUGCCCAGCCACAGGAAAAAGAGCAAACUUUGGAAAGAGCACCGGGGGAAGCACAGCAGGAGCAGCGAGCAGCACAAGAAGAUGAAGGGGAGCCGGGCGAAGAAGGCCCAGGAGGGGAAGCACAGGAGGGCUGCUGGAAUCCUCGGGGAGCCCGAGGAGUUCCCUCGGGGGGGCAGGCAGCAGGGCUGCAGGGGCAGCAGGGCCCGCCGCAAGGCCCCUCUCCAGGCACUGCCCGGCAGCAGGGCCGUGUGUGUGCAGCAGCCUCUGGAAGGUGCCAAAAGGAAGAAGAAGUGGAAAAAGCAGAGAGUUGCUAGUCCUGACAGCAGGGACAAUCUGUUCCUUAUAAAACAGCGGAAGAAGAAGUCCAAGCAGAAGUCCUGGUGAUGGCAGGUAGCACUGGCAUUCCCUGCUCUGGCUCUGCCUUCUCUUCACUCCUGCCCCUCUCUCGCACAUGAAUUGGAGUCUGUCCCUGGCCCAGCCCUGCUGGGCGCCCCCCUCCCUGUCCACCUGCACAGCCAGAGGGGACCACUCCCUCCCUGUGAGCCCCCAGGGCAGGCAGCACCCGGAGCUCCUGCCGGGCGCUCUGGAUUGUGUUCAGUUCCUCUGCUUGGGGAUGCGGGGCACGCAGGGCUGGGCAGGGUGUGUGUGCCCAGCAGUGAGGUGUGGCUGUGCCCAUGGAGCCAAGGGACUCUUGGCUCGGGGCUGGUCGGGGUGGGAAGCAGGAAGGUGGCUGUAAAGCACAUCCCCUCAGCCCCCAGUCCUCUCCAGAGAGCGGGAGGGCAUCGGGCACCUCCCUCCCCUGGAAGGGACAGCCAGGUCUCUGCUGUGUGCUCGGGGAUGCACAGACCCCCCCCUCCCUCUCCAGAGCAGUGCCCUCCAUCCCUUGCCCUCAGGCUCAGCUUUUGGGGAUCCAUCCUGUCCUAACCAGCUGGUCAGAGCAGGAAUAAGCAGCUGGGCCUGGAAUAGAGUUUACGUCUCACUUUAAAUCUGUCCUUGUUCCUUGUAAUGUGCUGGAGGAAAAAGGAGUGGAGUGUGAAGAACAUACUUGGUUCCAGUCACACUGUGCUCAAAAUUUAAUUUUUUUUUUAAAGACAGUUAUUUUUGUACACUGGAAUUCAGCAUGUUGUUUUAAGGUUUGUAAGAGUAAAAUGCUUUACCAAAGGACUAACACGAAUAAAAUUUUACAUGAGAAAUAUGAAGAGAAUGGGUUUGUUCC